GAUCAGACAUACCAGUUAACCAGUAUCUGAAAAAAUGUAUGGGCGACAUGAUAGUAGAAAUCAGAGCAGAGAUGAUGAUUAUUAUAUAGGAUCGGAAUAUUUCACGAACACCAAGAAUACAGAACCCCCUGUGGACUAUGGAGACCAUUUACGGGAAAAUGAAGAAACAGAAUCGUUGGAUUCUGAAGGAAAACAGAAAUCGUUUAAUAGAUUAUGUGUUAGAUUUGCUGAAAAGACCUCUAUGCAAGGUUUACCUUGGAUAAAUGCCGCCAAAUUAUGGUACGCUAAAGUAUUUUGGAUUUUUCUUCUUCUUGGUGGUAUAACUGGCAUGACACUCCACCUAUACUCUCUUAUAGAUCAAUUUCUACAGUUUGAUGUUCAAGUCUCCAUUUCUCUAGGAUUUAAUCAUUUAAUUCUACCAGCGGUAACAGUUUGUAACGUAAAUGCCGUAAAGAAAAGUGAACUAAAUAUCAUGUCGGAGGCUUUGCAAUCUCUUGUGACCCAGACAGAUCCUUCCAGAGUUAAUCCUGGGACUGGAAAGAAACGUAAGAAGAGAUAUGUUGAUGAAUUCGAUAAUAUUAACUUCGACAAUCUGUCCAGAAUGUACGAUUUUACUGACAAAGGCGGUCAAAAGAAGGACAAUACCUUCCAGAUAACACAGACAUUUCAGGCUCUAUACAUGCAACAUUCCAGGGCAACUAGACGAAAGGCGGGCCAUCAGUUACAGAAUUUGUUGAUUGGGUGUUCAUUUGGUGGAUAUCAAUGCUAUCAAUCAAAUUUUACAUGGUUACAAACGGAGGACUAUGGAAAUUGUUUUACAAUUCAGUCUGAAGAAUUUGUAGUCACGUCUGCAGGUCCAGAUAACGGUUUAACACUAACAUUGUACACGGAAACAGACGAAUAUCUAACUGGUAUUGCACAAGGAUACGGCGCUCGGAUACAGAUUCACGAUCUAUAUACCUAUCCAUUCCCUUCAGAUGAGGGAGAAUACGUGUCGUCGGGAUUUGAAACUCACGUUGCAUUAAAACAAGUAGAAUUGAUACGAAAAGGGAGUCCAUACGGAGAAUGUCAAGAUGUGACUGCAUAUCUAAGCAAUUAUGGUGCAAAAUACACAAGAACGCUUUGCCAGAACUUUUGUAAACAGCAAUUGGUGGUGGACACAUGUGGUUGUUUUGAUAAUGCAGAAUCAGACCUUUUCUUCACUUUAAAUUACACGUUUUCUGUGGCACCAUGCAGAAGUGAAACAGAACGGGUGUGUUUAGCUCAGCUUGAAGCAGACCUGAAGGGGAGAACGCUUGAAUGUCCUCAAUGUGUGAAGCCUUGUCAAGAAACUCAGUUUGGGAAAUCUUUCAGCGCCAGGAACUGGCCUACUGACGAAUAUUCUAAUGUUUUAAUGGAAGGCGUAUGUGAAAAACUCCCGAAACAGGCUUGUGAUCAAAUCACAAAUAAAGGAAGCGAUUAUCGUGCUUUAGGGCAUAACUUUGUUAAGAUAAAAAUAUAUUUUGAAGAUUUGAAUUAUGAACUUAUAGAAGAGACACCAGAAAUAGAGGUACAACAGUUUGCCUCAGAUGUCGGUGGUGCUAUUGGUUUAUGGAUUGGUUUAUCCAUUAUCAGUAUGUUUGAACUUUUUCAAUUAAUGUUGGAAUGUUGUGCUUUUGGGGUUCAUAAAUGCAGACAACCUGUGCCUAAGAAGAAACAAUCUGAUAAAUAUAAGGAGAAAUCUAACCCACCAGUUAGAAAGGAUACAAAACAACAAGAAUUAUCAAAAAUUCAUUUAAAAGGAAAUGUCAAUCCUUACAGUGACUGGAAAAGUCACGUGUAAUGACUACAAUCUAAAAUAUACAUGUUUGGUGUUGGAAAUUAUAUAUAAACAAAACUAUGUAAAUUAUGUGUAUUACUUCAUCACUUGCUUCCUUUAUUGCUUUGAGUAUACAUACUUUUGACCUCGAACGAACUAAAUAAAGGUUUAUCCAGAAACAUGUAUUGUGCGCAAGGAAACAAUUUCA